AUGGCAAAAUACAAGGUGACUGUGCACACACACAACAUCGCAACUGCCACCACGAUGAACAACGUCUUCAUCAAGCUGGUUGGCGAAAAAGGAGAGAGUAAGCGCACAUGGCUCACUAGCUUGAAGGGACUCUUCUAUCAAGAUACAGGGUCUCGUGAAUUCGACGUGGUGUGCCCCUUUUCACUCGGCAAGCUGGUGCUGAUAGAGCUGGACAAACAGCCCCUCCCACUCUUCCCCCAGGACGCCUGGUUCCCGUCCAAGGUUGUCGUGACGACGCCAGAGAGAGGCACAUGCCAGUUCCCUAUCUACCGUUGGAUUAUGGACAAGGAGGUGCACCUGUUCAGAGAGGGCACAGCUAAAAGACUCUGUGAUGAAACUAAUAAUCUUGCCAGGUACAGCAGGGAACUGGAGAUGAAGACGAGAACUGAGCAGUACUGCUGGGAUACCUACAAGGAGGGUUUCCCCGGCAGCAUGAAGGCAGACAACCCUCUGGAUCUUCCCAGCGAGAUCCAAUUCUCGUUCACCAAGGCCACCCAGUUCCUCUUCACCGCCGCCACCGGGAUCACUGAGCUGAAACUGAAGGGGUAUUCCGACAACAAGAAGAGCUGGAAAAACAUUGAUGAAAUCAGCGAAGUCUACCUCAAUAGAACUGUCAUCUCAGACUACGCACAGGAGCACUGGAAGGAAGAUGAGUUUUUCGGGUACCAGUAUCUGAACGGCUGCAACCCCAUGUUGAUCCGUCGCUGCUCGGAGUUGCCGGCAAAUUUCCCCGUCACAGAAGACAUGGUGAAGCCCUCUCUUCGUGGAUCGUCCAGCCUCCUAAGGGAAUUGCAGAGCGGCAACAUAUUCCUGGUUGACUACAAGAACCUGGAUGGAUUAAAGGCAAACGUGAUCAAUAAGAAACAACAGCACAUGGCGGCUCCUCUGGUCCUGCUCUACAGAACCCCUAAUGACAAGCUGGUUCCCAUCGCCAUCCAGCUGAAUCAGAAGCCUGCAAAAGACAACCCCAUCUUCCUUCCUACUGACUCUGAGUAUGACUGGCUCCUGGCCAAGAUCUUUGUGAGGAGCGCUGACUUUCAAGAGCAUCAACUCAAUGUCCACCUGCUGCGCACUCACCUCCUGGCUGAGGUGUUCGCCAUAGCACUGCUGCGCAACAUGCCCAUGGUGCACCCUCUCUACAAGCUUCUGAUUCCACACACCCGCUACUCCCUCCAGAUAAACCUCUUGGCCCGGGCAUUUCUAAUAGCUGAUGAAGGAGUUUUCACUCAGUUUGCUGCUUCGGGCGGAGAGGGGAUGAAUGAGAUCCUGAGGAGAUCUUUGGCCUCAUUGACCUACAGCUCCCUCUGUGUGCCGGAAGACAUCACUGCACGAGGUCUGGAGUCAGUCCCCAACAACUACUACAGGGAUGAUGGACUCAAGCUGUGGGACAUCAUCCACAGGUUUGUAGAGGAAGUGAUUAGUUUCUAUUACAAGAGUGACUCAGAGGUCCGGGUAGACCAGGAACUACAGAACUGGAUCAAGGAUAUAUUUUACCAUGGCUUCCUGGCCCAAGAAUGCACAGGAAUCCCUCAGUCUUUCUCCACUGUGCCAGAGGUCGUCAAGUUCGUCACCGUGGUGAUCUUCACCUGCUCAGGCCAACAUUCUGCUGUCAACUCUGGACAGUAUGACUAUGGUGGCUGGAUGCCCAACACCCCCAUCUCCCUGAAACAACCACCUCCCACCACUAAGGGGCAGUCUACUGAGAGCACCAUGCUGAAGACCCUCCCCGAUGUCAGCACAACAGCACAGGGCAUGUCAACUAUGUGGCUCCUUAGCAAGCAAUCCAGUGACUUUGUGACCCUUGGCCAUUACCCAGAGGAGCACUUCAACGAGAUACCACCCUGCAAGAUGAUUCAGAAAUUCCAGACGAAGCUGGAGGUCUUCAGCGAGACCGUCAAUGCCAGGAACUCUGGGCUACCAGUGCCAUACACCUACAUGGACCCUGCUGUGGUGGAGAACAGUGUGGCCAUUUAGAUAAGCCAAAGUCCUAGACCA